AUGUUGCCUCAGAAGAGGGGAAGAAUAUCUUUCACAAUAGCCAUGAACUGUUACUGGAAAGUCCUGGCAAUUUUAUUACUGCUGCUUCCAAGUGCAUUGUCUCUCCAGCCAGCCCAGCCCAGAGUGUUGCUGGUAUCUUUUGAUGGAUUUCGAUGGGAUUACGUCUAUAAAGUCUCAACUCCCAAUUUUCAUUACGUCAUGAGGAAUGGUGUUCAUGUCAAACAGGUCACUAAUGUGUUUAUAACGAAAACAUAUCCUAAUCAUUAUACAAUGGUGACUGGUCUCUAUGCAGAAAGCCACGGUAUAGUUGCUAAUGAGAUGUAUGAUCCUAUUCUGAAUGAAAGUUUCUCUCUGAACAAAAUGAAUGUCCAUAACUCCAAGUUCUGGGAAGAAGCCAGCCCAAUAUGGAUAACAAACCAGAGGGAAGGACAUAAAACCGGAGCAGCUAUGUGGCCUGGAACAGAUGUGAAAAUACAUGGAGUCUUUCCUACAUAUUAUAUGCCCUACAAUGAAUCUGUUUCCUUUGAAGAUAGAGUUGCUAGGCUUAUUGACUGGUUUACAUCAGAAGAACCCAUAAAUUUUGGUCUCCUGUAUUGGGAACAGCCUGAUGAGAUGGGCCAUAUUCUGGGCCCAGAAAACCCACUUAUGGGACCGAUAAUUAGUGAUAUUGACAAAAAGCUGGGAUAUCUUAUGUCUGAACUGAAGAAAGCGAAGCUGUGGGAUGUGAUAAAUGUCAUAAUCACAAGUGAUCAUGGAAUGUCACAGUCCUCCUCGGAAAGGCUCAUUGAGCUUGAUCAAUAUGUGAACAGAGACUUCUAUACGGUCAUUGACCAUUCUCCUGCAGUAGCUAUUUUGCCAAAAGAAGGCAAACUGGAUGAAGUAUAUGAAGCCCUGACCAGUGCUCAUCCCAACAUGACUGUAUAUAAAAAGGAGCAGAUUCCAGAUAGAUUACAUUACAAACAUAACAGUAAAAUUCAGCCAAUCUUAGCACUGGCUGAUAAAGGAUGGGAAAUUGUAUAUAAUAAGUCUGACGGUUUUCAAUUUGGUAAUCAUGGAUAUGACAACAUCUUACCAGAAAUGCAUCCAAUUUUUUUGGCAGUUGGGCCUGCCUUCAGAAAGAAUGCCACCAAAGAAGUCAUGAAUGCUACAGACUUGUAUCCCUUAUUGUGCCAUCUGCUUGGUAUUAACUCACUGCCAAACAAUGGUUCAUUCAAUGCUGUGAAAGAUAUACUUGCUGAAGAAGUUCCUGUAGCCUUUGGAGCAGACACCUAUGCUACUGUUGUAGGAGUCUUUCUGGGCAGUGUUAUUGUUAUGGUUUUCAUUGCAGUUUUUGUUAAGCAUUUUAUCCUCACCCAAGCAAAUAACAUGCAAAUGCAACAUACUGAAGCUGCCCAGCCACUGUUGCAAGGUUAA